UAAACCCAAAUCCUUCGAGGCUAAAAGCCUAAAACAAGAUGAGAGAAAUUGUAGUUUUUUUUUUUAAUAUAUACUCUCGAUGGGAAGAAGCCAAUUUUGACUCUACAAGGUACAAACAGCCAAGGGAUUCAUUAAACUCCCCACAAAGUAUCUGGGUGUUCUGAUAUUUUUUUGGAAGGAGAUUUUUCCCAAAAAAGUUCAUCACUUCACUCAAAAAUAUCUCCCAUACAUCAUCAUCAACGAUGAAGCAUCAACCCUUCAGCAGUCCUAUCCCUUUAAAACUCAGAUAUUUUCAAGAACGCAUCUUUAACAAUACUAUUCAAAGAAUUUAGCAAAAGGGUUUGCCCUGUUAGCUUCAGAAGUGGGAAAAAAAAUGGAGAAUCAGGUUUUGAGAAGAAGGGUUAACAUCAUUGCGAGCCAUUUGGGUGCCCCUGAGGACAUUUCGGCCACUGCCACUCAUCUAUUUCCUAUGGUAAUUCCAUUAAGCUCAUGAAAUUCUGGUUAAUGUUCUGCUUAUUUUGGAUAAUUCUAGAUUGAUACUUGUGGAAGCACUUGUUCUUUUUGUUUUAUUGAAUUUCAAGUAAAUAUAACCAAAAAGAUUACAUCUUUUUUCCUCGGAGGCUCUAAUUUUCCUAGCAGAGUUUUGUUUCUGAUAGACUUCAUCGUUGGAUUACCAGGUGGAGCGAGUAAGUUAAUGUCAUUACGAUUUAAAAGAUUAUCCACGGCCUAAAUCAAAUUUUCCGAGUUGCAUUCUAAUUGAAAAUCUGCAUUUAUGCCAUUCUGCUUUUGUUAUUACCAAAUGGGUUUUUAAUGGAUAGUUGAAGCUCCAAUGGACCAAGUUUCCACUUAAGUUCAUGACUCAAUAAUGACCCUUUGUCAGAAUUUCAAUCUAUAAAGACGGGAAUGAUAAUAUGUACAUACUUGACAAUUUGGGGUAUUAAUUAUUUAGUUAACGGAAUUGGAGUUUCAUUGAGUUCUUGUAGAUUUGGGAACAUGAAUUCUUCAGAUGGCAACAGUCUAUUACUCUUUUUGUGGAUGUGAAUCUGUUAGGUUCUUUAAGACUUCUUUAAUCUGUGUUUUCCUUCUGUCUUUGGUGAAAGUGCAUGUGAAUCUGUUAGGUUCUUGCAACUAUAGAUAAUGUCUUUAACUACUUGCUUUGCUUCCCUCAGAGUUGCAGUAAUAGUUUGAGCUCCAUCAUUCGGAGGUGUGAUAAUAGACUGAAUUUUUCUCGACAGUCUUCAUCCUCUCAAGCUUAUUUCAUGAAGCAGGCUUCAACUGGGCAGCAGGAAAUUUGUGGGCAAGCCAGCGCUCCUUCAAAACCUAUUGGUUGUGCGCGCGAGGAUAUCCACAUUUGUGAUGCACCCAUGUUUUCUAAACCUGCUCUCAAGCAGGAACAGAAGUUGCACAAUUGUAAUAAAGUUCGAAGGUUACCUCAAGCAUACAACUACUAUCAGCCAACUCUUGAGAUUCCUACUUUUGCAAGGCCGAGUAGGAGAGAUCCUCAUUAUCAAACAGAGCAAGGAAAGAAGGCUUCAAAUGCCAGCGGAGUUGGAUGGUUGCCUAAAAUGGAUGUAGCUGAAUCUGGAAGCACUUAUGUUGUCACUCUGGAACUUCCAGGUGUUAAUAUCCGCGAUAUAAAGGUGGAAGUCAACAACCAGAGGUUGAGAGUAACUGGUAAACGCUUAAUAGUGUGGGAGAAGUCUGUCAACUGUCCGAUUAACUCAGUUUCUGCAUAUCGUCGGAGGGAGAUCUCAGAGGGGCCUUACCAGAUAGAGUGGCCUCUUCCGGAAAAUGUGAAAAAGGAUAACAUAUCAGCAGAGCUUAUAAAUGGCCUUCUGAUGAUCACAGUCCCAAAACUUACUAAAGCAUAUAGGCAAGUGGAGAAGGCCAGGAUAUAGUGGGUACAUAUAGUGUGUAAUCUAUUCACAUUUCCUUAAAUCUUCAGAUAGGUGAUAGCAGGAGUUUUGAUUCCAUCACUGUAUGUAAUGCUAUUUCGAUCAUUUUCGAAAGAGAUGGAACUAAAAUUCUUUAGAUAUUCAGCUGAUAAACGACUGCAGAUAUUUGAGUAAUUUAAACUCAUUAUUUGCUCUUUUUUCUUUAUCUGUUAAAAAUUUCUGGGCCUGCUUGUCUUUAACAUCUUUCCCUUUUAUUAAUUUCUUUGCCGUCAUUUACUGUUCACCUUUUAAUAUAUGUAUGUUCAAAGUAAAUUAAGAAUGCUCUUUGAAUAACCAUUACAGAAGCCAUGAAUGCAGAUUAAUUACUU